AUGGUCUUGUCCGAACACGCUUCAUUCCUGUCGACACCUCGGUUGAGCAAGAAGGUGCAAGGUGACGAUGACUAUCUCGAGGCCAAGUCGCCCAACCCGAUGGCCAAGUUUGAAGAAGGCGCUCUACGUGAGGGCCCGCCCCCGGACACGAAGAGCAAAACCUACAUGGGCUUCCUGUUUCAGUACGUCGGUGCUGGAGUAAUCUACAGCAUCCUGUACAGCUUGACGUACCCUUUCUUAAACAACUUCCUGCGCAUGUCUGGUGUGGCUACUGCAUCGGCUACUGUGUUGAUCGCGCUUCCCUGGUCUCUAAAGACGUUCUUCGGUAUCAUCACGGACUGCUACCCGAUCUUCGGCUACCGUCGUCGUCCGUACAUGGUCAUCGGAUGGAUCGUGUGUGGUAUCUGCUCCUUCGUAAUGGCUGUUCUACCCGAAGGAGAUCCGUACUACCCGGACAACGCGUGGGCGUCUCUGACAGAAGCGCAGCUCACACCCGAGCAGCUCUCCGAAAUCAACUACGACGCCCCCAACAACGGCACCAAGUUCAUUCUGCUCAUGGUUGUCGCCAAUUUGGGCAUGGUCUUAUCCUUCACGGCUUGUGGGGGUACCUUGGUAGAGCUCUCGCAACGGGAGGGCGAAAAGCGCCGUGGUGACCUGCAGACGAUGAUCUGGGUCGCUCGUCAAGCUGGUGGCGUCGUCGCUUCGGCUCUUGUGGGCUUUGGUCUCAACUCCGAGGAAUACGGUGGCACUUUUGCCGGUUCGAUCCGUGUGGGAGGUCUUAUGGGCGUUUGCACACGAAUGGAGCGCCGCUCGAUGACUGUGGAGGUCGCCAAGCUGUUCGACUUGAUCCAGUACCGCGUGGUGUACCAGGUGCUGGCGUAUCAGUUCUUUGGCAACAUGUUCUCCUACGUUAGUGUGACCGCUGCGACUCCGUUGCAGAGCGUUUGGCUCACUAUUACGCCUGUGAACAGCAACGUCGCCACCAUCAUCUCGACGCUAAUUUCUAUGGCCUCGCUGUUAGCGGUGCGUCAGUGGGGACUCAACUGGAACUGGCGCUGGAUGAUUGUGAUCACCCAGUUUGCGGUCGUGUUCGUGGACUGUUUCCCGACCUUCUUGACGAUCUGGGAUGUCGUCCGAAGCCAGUGGUUCUGGCUCGGUGUGCCACUGCUGGAGCAGGUGCCGUACAACAUUGGCUUUGUCGUUUCGACCUACUGCAUGGUCGAGGUCAUGGAGGAGGGCAACGAAGCUGCUUUCUACGGUCUCGUUGUAGCCAUUUCCAGUCUGGCGUCACCGUUUGCCACGGUUAUCACCAAGAACAUCGACGCCAACUUUGACAUUUCCAUGGCUGAUCUCCAGCGUGACGACACCCGAGUGCGCGAACAGGUCACAUACGCCUACCUGUGCUCGUACGCCUGCAAGCUCUUCUCGACGGUGUUUGUGCUGCUCAUUCCGCAUCAGAAAGCCGAGACGCAGGAGAUGCGUCGCAACGGCGGCAAGAGCAAACUUGUGGGUAUCAUUGCGGUGAUCUUGAUAGCCUUUACGUAUGUGUGGACCAUCAUGACCAACAUCAUGUCCAUCUACCCCAGCACUGCUUGCCUUAAGAUUGCUGGUGGCGACGGCUGCUAG